ACGUGGGAGGCCGGGUGUUGUGGUUGCGGUGCCGGCCCCGCCCGGGCGCGCUCUGAUCGCUCAGGUUGUCGGGCCCGCCCGCCCGCGUUGCUCUCCCCCGGUCCUGCCGCCCCCGGGCUCAGCGGCGCGGUGCUGUCCGCGCGGGCCAUGCCGCUGGUGCGCUACCGGAAGGUGGUGAUCCUGGGCUACCGCUCCGUGGGUAAAACUUCCCUGGCUCAUCAGUUCGUGGACGGGGAAUUCCUGGAGUGCUACGACCCUACAGUGGAAAGCACCUACAACAAAAUGCUGAUGGUGGGAAAGGAUGAAUUUCACCUCCAGCUAGUGGAUACUGCAGGGCAGGACGAGUACACCAUCCUGCCCCCCUCCUUCAGCAUCGGGAUCCAUGGAUACCUGCUGGUCUAUUCGGUCACCUCGCUCAGAAGCUUCCAGGUGGUUAAGACCCUUCACAACAGGCUGUACGAAAGCAGAGGGAAGACCCGGAUGCCGGUGGUGCUGGUCGGGAACAAGGCCGAUCUCUCCAUGGAGAGCCGGGAGGUGAAGACAGAUGAGGGCAAGAAGCUGGCGGAUUCCUGGGGGGCCGUGUUCCUGGAGUCCUCGGCCAAAGAGAACCAGAUGACCCGGGGAAUCUUCACCAGGAUCAUAGAGGAGAUCGACCGGGUGGACAACUCCUACUGCACCGAGCGCAGCUGCCUCCUGAUGUGAGCACUGUUGCCUGGAGCGUCCUCGUCGGAGGCGGUGCUGUGGGGCGGGGGACAGGCCUCCCCGCCUCUACCUAGACGUUUGCUUGCAGCCCCGGGAGCAGGGAAUCCAGGGCUAGACGCCACCAGAGCCGCCUGGCCUGGCGUUGUUACGGGUAACCCACAAACACACUGUACCUCACUGCCUGGCCCCGCGCUCCCCGGCGGGCAGGGCCUGUGUCUGCACAUUCCCGGCUUGGAAGCCGUCCGCGUGCAUCUGGCACACUGCGUUUAUGGAAGGGGCUCUUCUUGCCAAAUGUAUUCAUGUUUUUUGGGGGGGCGGGCUUUGGAUAUUUAUAGUCGAUGUCUAAGCCUGCACGCACACGUUUACAGCGGUCUCUGCCCCGGCCCCCAGCAUGGGCCCAGUUCCCCGGCUGCGCCACCGGGGCAGAACGGGACUUCCUUUUUUUUUUUUCCUAAUGCUGCUGGAACCGGAAUCAGUUUUCCAGUCCUUCCAAGACCCAGUCUGGUCUCAAUUCGGCUGUGCCAGCGGCAGCUGAACCCUGAUCCGGCCAGGGUUCCGCCCACCCGCCUGCCUCGCCAUCUGUUGCCUUAGUUCUCCAUAAAACCAAGAAACUGUUGUGAAUUUCAGGCCACAAAGGGGAUUUGAAUGUGGAUUCUUUUCCGAUGUUGGAGUCUCUUCCCCAAGCCCUGUUGAAAGGGCAGCACUCAU